UGGCCCUGUUCACGUUGCACAGACAUUUUAAUUGCAUUUUAUGUCUGUUAAGACGAAUUCCGGCCAAGAUGCCAUGACAGGGGUUUGAUUGCCUUGAGCAGCUAGACCCAUGUGACACGUCGUCCAAUCAGCUGCAAGUCAGAGGCAUGGCGCAUCAACCAUGGAUGUAUGACACUGCGACACUACCCUUCAGACAUGUUGCAAAAAGGGAUCAGCACUGUAAGUAAUGACAACAAAUCUGUCGGCGCGUCCACAAGCCAACUGUGAUCGCGCACCCCCCCUUCACCAUGCAGUUACUAGUAGCCAACACAGAGGAUUAAAAACCAUGAUGGAUUGUGUGCCUGUCAAUCAUAACAAAGCAUUUUAAGAAGUGAUUUUAAUCAUCAUUAUGCUUUUUUGUGUCAGUGUCAAAUUAUUGUGUUCUCCCUGCGCUAUAGGAUGUCAGGAAACCUGUCUCUGUGGGUUUCCACUCCAGCAGAUCCUUUACAAAAUGGCCCGCUGAACUCAUCUGUUCCACCCUGGGAGGCUCCAUCCUUCACUGUGGCUGCCCGCUGCCGUGUAGCAGCCACCCUGGUGCUGUUUGUCUUCGCCGCCUGCAGUAACCUGUCAGUCCUGAUCAGUGUGUGCUGGGGGCGGGGUUAUCGCCUGGCAGCACACCUCCGCCCGCUCAUUGCCAGUUUGGCAUCAGCUGAUCUGGUGAUGACUUUUGUGGUCAUGCCACUGGAUGCCAUUUGGAAUAUCACAGUGCAGUGGUAUGCUGGGGAUGUAAUGUGUAAGCUGCUGUGUUUUCUCAAGCUAUUUGCCAUGCACUCAGCAGCAUUCAUACUGGUGGUGGUAAGUCUGGACCGCUAUCGGGCCAUCCUUCAUCCUCUGGAUUCGCUCGAUGCUGGGCUCAGGAACAGACGCAUGCUUCUGGUGGCCUGGACUCUGAGCCUGCUGCUGGCAUCUCCACAGCUGUUCAUCUUUCGGGCCAUUAAAGCUAAAGGAGUGGACUUCACUCAGUGUGUCACCCACGGAAGUUUCCGGCAUCUCUGGCAGGAGACGGCAUACAACAUGUUUCACUUUGUGACACUGUAUGUCAUCCCUCUACUUGUCAUGACCUUCUGCUACACGUGCAUCCUCACCAAGAUCAAUCGGCAAAUGCACAAAAGCAAAGAUGGUGAACACUGCCUCAGACGCAACGGAACAGACAAGAUACCCAAAGCCCGGAUUAAGACCCUCAAGAUGACCAUUGUGAUUGUUAGCUCCUUUGUCAUCUGUUGGACACCCUACUACCUCCUGGGGAUCUGGUACUGGUUCCAACCAGCCAUGAUCCAGCACACACCUGAGUAUGUGCACCACAUACUGUUUGUCUUUGGUAACCUGAACACAUGCUGUGACCCAGUCAUCUACGGCUUCUACACAGCGUCUUUUCGGGCCGACCUCGCUGACGUUGUAGCGUGCUGCCGCGGUCGCCAAAUCAGUAAUGCCUCACCUGGCUCUGUGGAUCGUCUUUCUGGUAGAAGUGCUCGAGCUCCAGUGGAGAUGGAGUCUGAUCUAAGCUCAAACCAGCAGAGUGGGAACCCUGGUUAAACCAUGGUGACCUGACUCUGAUGAAUUAACCAAUGGCCUUAGUGAAGGUAUCAGCUGUUUGAUGCUCAACCAUGACUACACUACUGGAAGGUGAACAACUUGGCUUUGACUGUGUGAGCCGUAGAACUGUGUUAUCUUUGCUUCUCUUCAUGGAUGUCAGAUAAUCGACCAACCCUUUGUAGGCUGGCUCAGGUUUGACUUGGACCAACACUUAGUUAUGCUGCUAUAGGUUUAGAUUCCCAGGGUACUUCUUACACACUGAUCUCCUCUCUCCUCCUCUCUUUCUAUUUGUGUGCAUUCAUGUCUCAUUAAUGCAUGUUAACUAAGCUUCUUUCCCAGAGUCCAUGUGCUUUCUUAUCUCGCAGAUUUGUGCAUCUCUUUUGUUUCUCUGUCCAUCUUUCUCACUCUCUCUCUCAAUUCAAUUUAAUUCAAAGGGGCUAUAUUGGCAUUAAAGUUUGCUAAAGCAUCAAAAUAUAGUUUGUCCAUAUUUGGACAAUACCCUACAUAAUAAAACAGCAAUAUGAACAUUGAUACAAUCAAUCAAUAAUCAAUUUUCUUUGCCACAUCGAAUUGUACAAGGUACACUUCCAGUAAAAAGUUAACCCAUCAGCUCCUUCAUGUGCAUUAAUCAUCAUAUAGAAUAUAUACAAUGUGGCCGUCAGAUCGGCACACAGAAAAGGGUCACUUGGUUGAAUGGCACAAGCACGCUAGGAUCCAGCCAAGUCUUGGCCGAUGGACACCUCAGCUCAAGACUAGUGCCCUGACUACGGCAGGAGGCUAGCAGAAGGUUAGCAGAGUAGGCAGGAGCCUGGUGAGUUGAUUUCCCAAUCCUGAUGAUGGCCUCAAAAGCACAUGCCAUCACCGUCGAACACAAACAGCACAACUAAUAUUUGUAAAAUAGACAAUUCAGCUGAUGGAGUAGAGAGGUCUGUGCCUUACAGAACUAUACCUUAACAACAUAACAACAACACAACAUUUUAAUCUCUGACAGUACAGAGAAAUUCUGUCUUUUAGGGCUAGAGAACCUUCUAGUCUACUUUGGCUUUUAGUUUGUUCUUUCCAACGUUCCAGAUAUAUUUCUUCAUACUGUCUUAUAAGUUGCUUUACUCGGAUUGUUGUUUUGAAAUCAGUGUUGUUGUGAGACGGGUCAGCGUGUGCCUGGGGGGGCAGCCAGCCUCAGUAAAAACUGACAUAGGGGAAUCUUUUCUGGGCUCAGCUCUUGAAGGGCUUUGGAGUGGAGGGUGCCUUGGGUGGCUGGAUUUCAUGUGGUUUAA